AUGCCCCUCGCCUGUCGCCUGAGUGUGGGACCCCGGUGGUCCGCGCUGAGUGCCGGGCACUUUUCAAAGACCUUGCAGGGGGCAUCUCCGUUCCGGCGAAGCUUGCUAACCCAGAGCUAUGCUCGUGGGCCGCUAGAGCCCCCGUUGCUGGAAUCCACCGUGGGAAGCCAUUUCGCCCAUAUCGUUAGCUCAUAUGGCGACAGAGCGGCAGUCAUCUCCAAACACCAGAAUGACCGACUGACAUACGCCGGUCUCGAUGCGAAGAGCAACGCCCUCGCCCGGGGCCUGGAGUCUGUGGGCGUGCGCAGAGGCGACCGUGUGGGAGUGAUGCUCGGGAAUUCCAUGGAAUUUGCCAUUGUGACUUAUGCGUUAUUCAAGCUCGGAGCCAUCCUCGUCCCAUUGAACCCCUCCUUCAACGCAAACCAGAUCGUCUCAGCGCUAAGCCACCUAGAAGCCACCCACAUGAUCGUUAGCACCGAAUCCAAUCUUCCGCGGAAACUACCCCGAAGCAACAUCCCAAUCUUGAAGCACCUCGUCGAGGAUCUGGAGAGCUCCACACUCGACUCGGCGCUCAUCCCCUCCCUGAAGCGCAUCAUUCUCGUCGACAACUCCUCCGGCCGCGUUGACACCUCUACCUACAAAAGCCUAACAGACUACUCGUCCGUGAUCUCCGAUGUAAAAUCUGACGAAGCCCCCCUACCCCAUCGAGACCUCUGCCCCCAUGACAUUGUCAACAUCCAAUUCACCUCCGGGACAACCGCCAUGCCCAAAGCGGCUUGUCUGACCCACCGCUCAAUCCUCAACAACGGCACCCAUAUCGGCGACCGCAUGCUCCUCACCCCGUCCGACAUCGUCUGCUGCCCCCCGCCUCUAUUCCACUGCUUUGGCUCUACUCUGGGUUACAUGGCGACAGCAACCCACGGCUCGGCCAUCGUCUUCCCGUCGGAAUCAUUCAACGCCCGCGCCGCGCUGCAAGCCGUGCAGGAGGAGAAAUGCACCGCACUCUACGGCGUGCCGACCAUGUUCAUCGAAGAGCUCACCAUGAUCGAAAACGGCCAGGUCUCAUCCGAGGGAUUCGAGCAUCUCCGAACGGGCAUCGCAGCCGGCAGCAGCAUCCCGACCGAGCUGAUGAAGAGACUACAUAAAGUGCUCAACCUCACAGAGUUGACGAUCUGCUAUGGUAUGACGGAGACGAGCCCCGUUUCGGCUAUGACGACGACGGACGAUCCGCUAGAAAAGCGGAUAAACACAGUUGGAAGGCUGAUGCCGCAUGUUGAGGCCAAGGUCGUGGAUCCGGCUGAUCGGACUCGGAUUCUUCCUGUCGGGGUGCCGGGGGAGUUGGCGGUUAGCGGGUAUCUGUUGAUGAAGGGGUAUUGGGGGGAUGCGAAGCGAACGGCCGAGUCCAUGAUUGCGGAUGAUAGUGGGAAGGUUUGGAUGCAUACGGGUGACGAGGCGACGCUAUCGGCUGAUGGCUAUGUGACGAUUACUGGACGGAUCAAGGACCUUAUUAUUCGGGGCGGGGAGAAUAUCCAUCCGCUGGAGAUUGAGAAUUGUCUAUUGACAUGCCCGAGUAUUCUGGAUGUUUCAGUUGUCGGGGUGCCUGAUGAGAGAUAUGGUGAGGUUGUGGCUGCGUUUAUCAUUCCCAAAGAGCAUGAGGGGAAAGCUUUGACAGAUGAGGGUGUCCGGGAUUGGGUUAGGGAGCGAUUGAGCAACCAUCUCGUCCCAAAGUAUGUCUUCCACCUGCAACCCACAGAUGUCUUCCCUAAGACUGCCAGUGGGAAGAUCCAGAAGUUCAAGUUGAAAGAAGACGCCAUCAAACUCCUCAAGGAAAGGAAUAGCUUGAGCUGA